ACAAGCAAACUAUUUUUCAAAGUCUCUCCCACAAUUAAAUUGAAAAAAAUCAUUCAAACUUUUGCUAAGAAAAUGGAUGUGGAUUCAAAAUCCUAUGUUUAUUUUUUUGACGGAGAAAGAAUUCACGAAUCAAAUACCCCAUUGCAACUCGAAAUACAAGAUGGUGAUUCAAUUGAAGCAAAGCUCACAACUCAUGGCGGUUAA